AGUUCCUGUUGCUCACACUAGCGCGAAACUUUGAAGAUAUUGUGAAAGGUAGUUUAAUAAAAUGGCUGAAAAAUAUUCCAGGUCUAAACUUAAGCGAAAUAAAUCGUCUGUCAAAGGCCCCGAGCCAGAAGUGUGUUCCAGGGAAACGCUGAAGAGGAGUCACACAGCAUCGUUCUCCACUGAGAUCAGGGUGACAGCAGAGACCGGGAGGUCAGUGGUGCCUGCAGCGGUAUGGUGGAACAGUGAGCAGCUGCCUGCUGUGGAGAGUCUGUGGGCUUUGACAUUGAAGUCUGGUCUGCCUUAUCUGGAGAGUCAGCACUGGGACCUGGUUCCUGAUCUUCCACAUCCAUUUACAGAGAGAGCCACAGCACUAAAGUUAGAUGACCAGCAGUGGUGUGACCUCAGUGAAGAGGUUACUCCCUUCCCUGAACCCUCCCCACCUUCUCCAGAACUUAGCUCCUCCCAGCAGGAGAUCUCCGUGCACACCAAACCUGGAACAGACCCACCUGAAAGACGGCUGUCCUGUCACAGCAGACAAAGUCAUAAUGACAAGAAAACAUCCCUCCAAGCCCUCCCCAAAAGACCAAGGCUGCCUCUCCACAGCUGGGAGAGGCCAUCAGCAGCAGCCGGACCCUCAAAAGUUAAGGAAAAUGAGGUGAGGAAAGGAGGAGAGCAAGAAGAAGAGAGUGGACCUGACAACAAACUGUUUCUCCCAAACCAGAUGAAGGUCUCGGACAGCCGAGUUUCUCAGCAGAGGGAGAGUGAAAAGAAAAAGGAAGAGGAGGUGCAGAGAAGUGUCAGAGGAGAUGGAGGAGCAGCAGGAUGGGGAGGGUUGCAGAGCUGCCCCAUGUGCCUGAUGGUGUUCCCUGUUGGGUUCACCCAGAUGGACUGUGACGGCCACCUGGCCCAGUGUCUGUUGGAGGUGAACGUGGACAUGACCUGGUGAGUCGACAGGACGCUGGCUGCUGCCCAGCAGAAGCCACACACAGUCCAUGAUCAUAUUGUAUGAAGGGCACAUCCAGAGAACUGAGGUACUGACGCUUUACCCAGGCAGUACACUCUGAGUAAUACCUCAAGGUGAGAGAACCAGGAUGUGACCUCUUUGGAAAAGAGGUGGGGUAUGAAAGGGGGUUAUUUUGGAGAAUUUUAAUCCAGGGGUACUUUGAAAACUCAGGUCACAAUAACUCUGGCUCCUUGCAGUCAUAUUUCAGUUUUCCUUCUUUAGACAUUAAAUCUCAAAUUUGCCUCUACUUGAGCCUGUGCACUCGGCCUCUGAUGCCUUUGAUUCCAGCUGGUGAAGAGGAUCUCAAACUAAAAUGACAAUCCAACCUGCCUCAUCCUCCGAGAGACCAAAAUGGAACCGAGCCAUAUCCUACUCACAAAAUAAAUUAGACCUUUGUGUUCUCAUUCUUUUAUUGAAAUGAAUGAUUUCAAGCUAACAUGAGUCACUGAAGUUUUUGUUUCACAUGUUUGAAGGAGUGGAACCAAAUUCACUACAAUAAAAAUCAUUUUCAUUAUUUUAUGUUAAUUAUUCUUAUUUGAUGUCAGCAAUAAAAGCAUAUAAAAGACUGUGUUCAUUUUACUAUUAUUGUCCAGUUAUAGUAGUGCUGCAGACAGUCAAUGUAUAUAUUAUUUAUUAAAAUGCUAAAAAAUCAUAAAUGUGUUGUACAGUUAGCCUGCAUAUAAUUUAGUUUCAUGUAUUAAGCCUAUAGGCUCUGUGUCCACUAUGGACUGAUGUUUAUGUGACAACAUUUCAUAUAAGUGGCAGUUUGAAUCAUCAGUCAUUUGGGGUAUGAUUGUGCACAGGGGCGAAUUGAAAGGGGCAGUAUGUGGAAUUAUGCAAUUUCACAGGUUUUUGAAUUAUGUAUUUUUGAAAGAAAAAAAAAAGUGCCUUGACACUUUCCUUUUGUGCCGUGCUCCAGGAGAAUUUUAUUAUGUUGUAAAUUUAAGCUUUGAGAUUGUUCUCUUACCUGUGAAAUCGAGAAAAAAUAAAUUAACAACCCAUUAGACUAAAAUAUGAUUGUGACUCAGACCAGUCUAACAUAAC